AUGUGGCUUGUCCGCGCGUGGUUUGACGGAGAAGAGGCGCAGCCUACGGCGCGCAUCCUGCAUACGGGCCGCUCUUACACACUGGGCCGCAAAGAAGGGGCUACUGAUUUAUGUAUCCCGAUAUUCAGGAUCAGCCGCAUGGCCGGCGUCCUGACCAUUGGAGCGAUGCCGCAAGACCGUGUCCAAGACACAACCUUCCAGCCUAGCAUCUCAUGGACAAUGCAUUCUGGCAGCAAGAGCGGCGCCGUUGUUGAGAGUUAUCGCGGGCGGAACAGAAUCGAGCAGCGCGUUCGCGUCGAGACGCCGCUCCCUCUUAAAAGUGGCGCACGGAUUCGGCUUUUUGCCGAUACGUAUGCUGAGGUAGAAUGGGUGCAGCUCGCACUAGGCUAUUUGCGUUCUCCGUCGCUCUUGUCAAGCAGCGCGCAGGAGCAAGCAGCCCUUUUUGGGAUACAUCUUGUAUCUGCAAAGCACGGCUUAGACGCGGGCUGUACGCAUCUCUGUAUUCCACAUGUGCGCCCCACCAAGACGCAACUACUUGCCCUUGUGCGUGGACUUCCGCUUGUGACAGCUGCAUUCCUUGAUGCCAUAUAUGCAUGUGCAUCCAUGCGUGUGUGGAGCAUGCCAUCCGUGUCUCUCUUUCUUCCACCGCCAGAUCCGCAGCUGCCGAGCGCGGAGCAAAUCCCAGCAGCGCUGCUCGCGCCGUCAGGCCGUCGUGCCGCCUUGUUUCGCGGCACGGCAUUGGUCCUUAUUGUAGAGCGUGAGGAGCGACGGGAUACGGAUCUUGCAGAGCUUGCAGCGGCAGCAGAGGCACACGUUUCCAUUCACGCGAUGCAAAGCAGCCCGCUAGACCGCCAAGGGAUGAUGUUGAUGCUUACUGCAGUGCGUGCGCGUGCCGAUGUGCAUUGGGAUGGGAUGCGUGCUCCAGUGCUGCGGCGCGGUGUGUACAUGCUGUGCGAUGCAGGACUGGCGCCGGCGACAGUCGAACUUGCCGCCGCUGCAAGCGAGAAAUUGCAUAUACCCAUACUUGCUCAAGGGCCUUCUUUGAUCUCCGAAUGCAUUCUCGAGGGGAAAACUGUUUUUGAAAAAGAUCCAGGUGUUGAGGAGGAUACGACGGUGCUUGUCGAGGCGACGCAGACACAAACACGGCGUCCCUUGCCGCGCACGCAGCGCAUCACGGUGGAUACAUUGUUAGAGACACGCGCAGAGCAGGAAGCGUUUCCUCCCACGCAGCCUGGAGGAGAUAGUUUUUCGCUUGCAUUGGAUGCGGAGCAAGAGGUUUCGUGGCAGGACGACUUGUGGGACGAGGCAGAAUCAGUGGCGAUCUCCCACGAGGGCCACGUCGAGCAUGGCCAGCUGGAUACAAAUACAGCGCACCCGACGUCCAAGGAUGCACCCAGUGCCAUGGGCAUGCCUUUUGUGCCGGCGCACUCUACGCCUGUACAUACGCCUCCUACGCGCCAAGCAAUUGCCGAGGCCAGUCCUGCUCCGGCUUUCUCCAACCCAUCUCCCACUGCUGUGCACACGACCAUAGCGCCUAGCGCGCGCAAGCCACUUGUACGCCAUGCAGGGUCGCGACACAGAGUCGAUUUGAUGGAUGAGAUUUUAGGUGUAUCCCAAUCGAGUGCGCUGCCUUCGAGCGCCAAGUAUCGUUGCAUGCUGGAUGCACAGGACAGUAUGGCAUGCACAGCCACCGAAUCUCCCACCACGCCUGUUCCGCCAAUGCACGACAUGCCUCACGAGCCAGCACAGCACACAACGCCGACUCCCCCUGUACCUUUUCCUCAAGCCGCAGAACAAGAUGCCCCGCCUGCGUCCAUGGAGUGGACGCGACUUGCGCGCCCCGCCUUUUUUCAGGUGCGCUUUGUGCCGCUCCUCCGCGCUCGCCCAACGCCCCAUGCGCCGAGCGAUACCCCCAACUUUAAAAAGUUUCGCACAGCACACCGCACUGCGCCAAAAAUGAUACCCAUCUCGCUCCAUCCAGCCUUCAGCAGUGCGCAGCCCGUCCCAGGCCAAGCCUCGGACGAUAACAUGAAUACAUAG